AUGUGUGUAUUCACAGCCAAGCAUGAUGAUGAGCAGCCUUUAUUGGCUGAUGUGGAUGAAGCGGAGCCAAUUUUGGAAAAGUUAACAAUUUUGCUGAUGGGACAGCACGGGGCUAGAAAGAACACAGUUGGAAAUGCCAUUCUCUGCAAGAAUGCUUUUAAUUACAUGCAUAGAUAUAAAAGGUCUUACUGUAAAGAGGAAAACACAAUAUUUGGAAGAAAUGUUACUUUGAUCCGUGUUCCUGGCUGGUCUGAAGAUCUGAGCAGUAAAAAAAAUAAGGAACAUUUGCAAGUGAUUAAAGACAGUGUUCUGUCAGUCGAAGGUGGACCUCAUGUGCUUAUACUGGUUGUCAGUUUGAACACUGAACUUACAAAGACAAGAAAGGCGUUAAAAAAAUUUUUAGGUGACAGUGUUGACAAACAUAUUUUACCAUUGUCUGUGGAUGCAAACUGCAUUGAGAUUGAUAAUGUCAUCAUUGACAGAUGUAGAAAUCACUUUUUUAGAUGCAGAUGUAAAAAUCAAAGCAGGAAGUUACUUGAAACAGUUGAGAAUUUUAUUUUGCAUAAAGAUGAAAUUCGUUUCUACCCCACUGGAAGGAGAGCACCAACACCUGAAUUAAAAUAUCAAGACUUAAAAAAUCUUGUGGAGGGCCUUUAUUUCCAUAUCAUAACACUGGAAAUGAAUGCUGCUAAGAAUGAAGCUAAGAUACAGAAACUACAACGUCUAGUAAAUGAGAAAGAAAAAAUGCUGAAAGCCAAGAAGAAUGAGAUAAAAAUGUUAACAGCUAAUUCAAGUCUGGAAUUUCUGAAAAAGCACCGCAAAGAGCUCAUAGACCAAGUUGUGUCAGUUCAGCCCAUUGCUGAUCAACUGCAUCAAUUUAUUGGUGACCAUAAGUAUUCUUUGAUUCAACAAGCUCCAACCAGUCAUGACAAAAUGAGACAGAUCUUCGACAUAGUUAUGAAAGGUGGAAAAAAACUGCAGGAUGAGUUCUACAGAAGUCUUCAGAAAGAAGAAAAAUAUCUUCUUGAAGAUUUACAAAGCUUAAAUGAUUAA